AGCCGUUUUGGCUCGAGAGGGCGCGCGCGGCACCCGCGGGCUGGCCAGCCCGACGCGGCCCCGUCGCGGCAAGGGGGCCCAUGAGGGGUGCCGCCCUCGGCGGCGCGGAGGACGAGGACGAGGACCUGGAGGGGGAGGCGGGCUCCGCGGCCCCUCCGCCUCUCCUGGGUGGCGACGAGUCCUACCAGGGCCCGCCCGCCGCCGGCUUCGACGACUCGCGGGGCUCGGGCGUGGUGGGCUUCCAAGCGGGGGCGAGCCUGCAGCCCGGCCUGCCCCUGGACUUCGGCUUCCUGCUGCAGGCCGGGGCGGCGACCGCUCCGCCGGGGCGCGCGCGCGCGGGGUCGGCGGGCAGCGACGAGGGCCUCGCGUGGGGUGGCCUCCCGGCUGCCGCUGCCACGACGGGCAGGCACGAGGCCUGCAGGCAGGGGCGGGCCGCGGACCGCAAGCGGAGCCGCAACGACUCCAUGGACGUCUCGGACGAUCUGGCCCCGUGGGCGGCUCUGGAGAGCCACCGCGCCCGCCGAUGCGGACACGGCAGGUGCCCUUCGGCGUGGUGGCCGGGCAGGACCGCGGGCCUCGCGCGAUGGAUCCGCCGAUCUUUCGUGCGGAUCCCUUCCACUGGAUGCGGGACUCGACGCACGAAGAUCAGGAGGUCCAGGCGCUGCUGCGCGAAGAGGACGCCUACUGCAACUGGUGCCUGUCUCACCUUCAAGAGCUGCGAGAGCGCCUCUAUGCCGAGAUGAUCGGGCACACCGACGAGGACGAUGUGGACGUUCCCGUCCUGCGCCCGGACGGGUACGCCUACUAUUCCCGCUCUUUCAGCGGCAAGCCGUACAAGGCCCACCACCGUGCGAAAGUCGCGGCGACCACUGACCCCACACUCUUGUCUGGUGGAAGGCCAGUGGUUGGGACCGUCGCGGUCCACGCGGCCGUGGCGGGGCUGGCUCUGGUGGACGAGGAGCUGAUAUUGGAUGAGAACGAGCUCCGAUUCGAUGCUGCGGGGAACGUCCACCCCUACUGCUCCAUCCACGGCCCCGAGCUGAGCGAAGACGGCGAGCUCCUGGCCUACGGUGCCGACUUCAAGGGCGACGACUGCUGCGCGAUCCGGUUCCGUCGCUUCCGCGCGGGCGCGGCAGGCGACCAGCCGCCCGGGGAGGAGCUGCAGACCACGGACGGCUCCAUCGUGUGGGACGCGUCUGGGCAUGCCGGGAUCUACUACGUGGGGCUCGACGCGGAGCUGCGCUGCGGCACGGUCCGCCGGCACCUGCUGGGCACCCCGCAGGGCCGCGACGCCGUGCUGCUCGACGAGGAGGACCGGAGCUUCUCCGUCUCCAUCGGCAAGACCUCCGACUCCCGCCUGCUGGUCGUCUCCUCGUGCUCUAGCCAGACCGCGGAGCGCUACUUGCUGGACCUGCACACCCGUCUGAGGGUUUGCGGUGCGUCUGCAAGCGUUCUGCGGGGCACAUGUACCAGGUGGACCACUGCAACGGUGUCCUCUACCUGCUCACGAACAAGGACGGUGCGAAGAAUUCGAAGCUGUGCUGCAUGCCCGUUGUGUCGCUUCCCGUGGGCGGGGCGUCGGAAAUGAAGGACGUGUGGACUCCUGGCCAGCACGUCAAGCUGGACUCGCUGCGCUGCUUCGAGAACUUUCUUGCCAUAGAGGGAAGGGAGGCUGGCGUCUCCAGGAUAUUCAUCGUCCGCUACUCGGGCAUCGUGGAUGGCGGCGCUGCGCCUGUCGCGGAGGCCGUCGUCUUCCCCGAUGGGCAGCUGCACGACGGAACCCUGCUCACGCCGCGACGCCGUAUGGCCGCCGCGUCGCUGUACUCCACGGGCCUCCAUUGUAAUGGCCUGUUCAGUACCGACACCAUCAGGGUCUACAGGGCCGACUAUUGCUGCCCUUCGCGGGUCUUCUCGUACAACUCGACCACCCAGGCGUUCAAGCUGCUCAAGGAGGAGCCCGCGCCCAAUUUCGACCGCAGCCUCUACAGGGCCGAGAGGAUCACAUCCCACCGGCGGGGCGUGCCCAUCUCGCUGGUGUACCGCACCGAUUGCCAUCCGAAGGGCCUCGCGGGGGGCCCUCACCCGACGCUGCUCACAGGCUACGGCUGCUACGGCGCCUGCAACGACCCCGACUUCGACUUCACCCUGCUGAGCCUCCUGGACCGCGGGGUCGUCUACGCGGUGGGACACGUCCGCGGGGGCGGGGAGCUCGGCGAGGAGUGGUGGGAGGCCGGUCGGCAGUUCAACGUGAAGAACCGCUUCCUCGACUUCGAGGCGGUGGCCGAGACGCUGCUUGAGGAGGGCAUAUCCGAGGCGAGCCGCCUGGUCGCCUGGGGCGAGAGCAGCGGAGGAUGCCUGGUGUCGGCCACGGCCAACAUGCGGCCAGACCUCUUCAAGGCGCUGCUCCUCGAGGUGCCCUUCUGCGAUGCCCUGACGACGAUGUCGGAUCCGACGAUACCCCUGACGUGUGGGGACUGGGGGGAGUACAACAACACGAACGAGCGGGAGGCGUUCCACUACGCCCUGGAGUACAGCCCCUACGACAACAUCCGGAUGCAGAGCUACCCGGCGGUACUCUGCACCGGCGCUCUGAACGACGCCAUGGUCGGUUUCUGGGAGCCGCUAAAGUACAUCACCAAGCUGCGCCGCAUGAAGCUCGAUGACAAUCUCGCCAUGAUGAAAGUGAACUUCCACGCAGGUCAUGGUCACAGCUCUGACCGCUACGAGGAUCUCCGGGAGAAGGCGUUUCUGUUUGCUUUCGUAUUGAACCAGUUGGGCAUAGAUCGAUGACGGCGGUGCUCAUAAGGCUGAGCUGCUUUUAUCUUCCAUCUGCCUCUCAGGGAUCAUCGAUUGUGCGGUCACAGCAAGUGUAUGGCUGCCGUCCCCGAAAGGAGAGGGGAUAAGGAGUUGUCUUGGGAGGCAUGGGACUCCGAUAUCUCACUGGUGGUUUGGGGCGCCUCCAGGGCCGACUCGGGGCUACAGCCUGGGUCCGCGCCGCUGCCCACGAGCCGACACUGGCCGAAGGGGGAGACAAUAUGACAAAUGCUCGCAGCUUCCUCCUCUUCCUCCCCUCCUCCGCCUCCUCCCCCUCUCCCCCGUCUCCCUUUACCCGCUGCUCCCGCUAGGGCCCUCUCGCCCGAAUGGGCGCGGCCCUACCCGCAGUAGGGCCGGAUGGGCGCUCGUCCUCCAGUGGCCACGGGGCCGUUGCACCAUCUCAGUGAUGGAGCGUCACGCAUGCGAGAUGUAGCACCAGCAUUCUUACACAGCUAGCAGGGAGGCCUAGUGUACAAGAGUACCUCGUAGGCGAACGGCCCCUUGCGCAGCGCGUGUAGUCCGCC